UAUGUAACAUACACGCUUUGACUUGCCUACAGCGGGGUUAAAAAUAUGUCUGUUGUAUAGUAUAUUUUUAUUUUAGAUAUAAAGACCAGUGUGAACAUUUGUUGUGGAAGCCAUUUUCCAGAUUACCAUCUCUUGAAACAAGAAGAUCCAUUUAAAGAAGUUAUGAAAUCUUCAAAACUAAACAGUGAUGUUUGUGGAAAAACAACUUUAAAAGGAUGUAACAUAAAACAAACUAAUAUACAUGAAGGUGAUGAUAAACCAUACAGUUAUGGAAAAGAAAGUGUAACUUUGGAUAACGUAAAACAAGAUGAGAUAAUACCGUACGGAAAGAAACUAUACAGAUGUGAAGUUUGUAGUAAACAAUUUAGGUUUAAUGGUGAAUUGAUAAAACAUAAACAAAUACAUACUGGGGAUAAACCUUAUAGUUGUGCAACUUGUGGAAAACAGUUUAGAAAAAAUGGGGAUUUAAAACUACAUCAAAGAAUACAUACUGGGGAGAAACCUUACAGUUGUAAUGUUUGUGGAAAAGACUUUGCAAGUAGCAGUAACUUAAGAAUACAUGAACAAACACAUACUGGACUGAAACCUUUCUCUUGUGUAGUAUGUGAUAAACAAUUUAGAACAAAUUAUGCAUUAAAAUAUCAUAAAAAAAUACAUACUGGUGAGAAACCUUACACCUGUGUAGUAUGUCAUAAACAGUUUAGAACAAUAUAUGCAUUAAAAUAUCAUAAAAAGAUACAUACUGGGGAGAAUGCAGUAUGUGUUAAACAGUUUAGAAAAAUUUAUGCAUUAAAAUGUAAAAAUAUAGGUAGUGGUGAGAAAACUUACAGUUGUGAUGUUUGUAAAAAACAUUUUCAUACAAGUUAUGGGUUAAAAGUACAUCAAAGAAUACAUACUGGGGAGAAACCUUACAGUUGUAAUGUUUGUGGAAGACAAUUUGGAACUAGUGGUAACUUAAAAAGACAUGAACAAACACAUCUUUCAGAAAAGCUUUACGGUUGUUCAGUUUGUAAAAAACAUUUUCAUACAAGUAAUGGGUUAAAAGUACAUCAAAGAAUACAUACUGGGGAGAGACCUUACAGUUGUAAUGUUUGUGGAAGACAAUUUAUAACUAAUGGUAACUUAAAAAGACAUGAACAAACACAUUUUUCAGAAAAGCUUUACAGUUGUUCAGUUUGUGAAAAAUACUUUCAAACAAAUAAUGGAUUAAAAAUUCAUGAAAGAAGACAUACUGGGGAGAAACCUUACAGUUGUUUAGUUUGUGGAAGAGACUUUAGAAUAAAUUGGGAAUUAAAAAAACAUCAAAGAAUACAUACUGGAGAGAAACCUUAUAGUUGUAACUUUUGUGGAAAACAAUUUAGAAAUAAUGCAACCUUAAAAGAUCAUGAACGAAUACAUACUGGGGAGAAACCCUACAGUUGUGAAGUAUGUGGUAAACAGUUUAGAACAAGUAAUACAGUAAAAUAUCAUGAAAGAAUACAUACUGGGGAGAAACCUUACUGUUGUACAAUUUGUGGAAAAGAUUUUAAAUCAUCUUGUGACUUAAUAACACACACAAAAAAACACACUAUGGAAAAACCUUAUUGUUGUUUAGUUUGUGAGAAACAGUUUCGAACAAGUAACGAAUUAAAACAACAUGAAAGAAGACAUACUGAGGAGAAACCUUACUGUUGUGAUGUUUGUGGAAAAGACUUUAAAACAAAUGCUGAAUUAAAAAGACAUAAAAGAAUACAUACUGGGGAGAAACCUUACAGUUGUAAAUUUUGUGGAAAACAAGUUGGAACUAGCGAUAGCUUAAAAAUACAUCAAAGAAUACAUACUGGGGAGAAACCUUACAGUUGUAACUUUUGUGGAAAACAAUUUCCAAGUAAUUGUAACUUAAAACAACAUGAACGAAGACAUACUGGGUUGAAACCUUACAGUUGUACAAUUUGUAAAAAAGACUUUAGAACAAACCAAGAAUUAAAAAUACAUCAAAGAAUACAUACUGGAGAGAAACCUUACAGUUGUGACAUUUGUGGGAAACAGUUUAGAAGUAACUGUAGCUUAAAAAAACAUGAACGAAUACAUACUGGGCUGAAACCUUACACUUGUGUAAUAUGUGAUAAACAGUUUAAAGAGAGACAACAGCAGUGGCAAGAAAACCUGCAACAGUGGCAGCUUGAACAG